AAAAUAAAUUCAGGAAACCCAAAACAGAACAGUCAUAAUUUUUAGGAAUUACAAGAACUAAAUGUAGCUUCAUAAAGUAAACUUAGAAGAGCUAAAACCUUAAAAAAAUAUUCUUACAGCAAACAAUGGAUUCACAGAAAGAAUUACGUAUUUUAGAAUUAUAUUGUGGCAUCGGAGGCAUGCACUAUGCUUUUAAAGAGAGUGGCCUACAAGGAAAAAUAGUCAUGUCGAUAGAUCUAAAUCCACUAGCAACUUCUGUGUAUAAACACAACUAUCCUGCCGUUUGCCUUAAUAAAAAUAUUUUGUCGUUGACUCCUGAAAUGAUCGAUGAUUUGAAUAUUAAUACCAUAUUAAUGUCGCCCCCCUGUCAACCGUUUACAAGAAAUGGAAAUCAGAAAGACGUCGAAGAUGCCAGAACCUCAUCCUUUUUGCAUGUUUUAAAUAUUUUACCGCAUAUUAAAAAUCUAAAAUAUGUUUUAUUAGAAAAUGUAAUGGGCUUUGAGAAAUCUGUUGCUAGAGAUCAACUGAUUACAGUAUUUAAAACAAAUUGUUUUAAUGUUUACGAGUAUUUGAGGAGUCCUAAAUGGGUCGGUGUACCUAAUUCAAGAAUGAGAUAUUAUUGUUUAGCUAAGAAAAGUAAUGGUUUGAAGGAAUUGAAACAUGAGGAAAUGUUUGAACCAGAAUUGGAAUCUAAUGAAAUGCUUACCAUAAGCAAUUACCUACAAAAUGACGUAAACGAAUCAUAUUUCCUCCCAGAAAAAGUAUUAUCAAAAUACGUUUGGGUCCUCGACAUAUGUUACCCUGAAGACAAAAGAUCUACAUGUUUCACAAAAGCAUACACACAUUAUGCCAAUGGAACUGGUUCAGUAUUAUCUAACAUCCCAAAAUCAACAGUUGAAGAUACUUAUCAACAAUGUGAAGGUUUAUCAUGUGAAGAAAAACUAGAAAAAUUGAAAACUUUGAAGUUAAGAUACUUUACUCCAAGAGAGGUGUCGAGAUUGAUGUGUUUUCCUGAUGAUUUUAGUUUUCCACAAAAUACAACACAAAAACAGUGUUAUCGACUUUUAGGAAAUAGUAUCAAUGUUAAGGUUGUGUCUAAAUUGUUGCAAGUAUUGGUAAAUGAUACAUUUUAA